AUGUACGGGCGGUACACCCAGGAGCUCGGUGUGUAUGCCAAGGAGGAAGCGGCCCGCCUGCGGGAUGGAGGAGUGCGGGACGGCGCAGGACUGCGGAGGAACACCAGCGUUCGCAGUCGUGCUGCAGAUCUGCUGGAUUACGAGAAGGACCCCUGUGCAAAGUGCCAUCUGUGUGCGUCUCGCUGCCAGAAGUUCCUGAUCUCGCGGGUGGGGGAGGACUGGAUCUUCCUCAUCCUGCUGGGGCUGCUCAUGGCUCUGGUCAGCUGGGUCAUGGACUACGCCAUCGCCUUCUGCCAACAAGCACAGAAGUGGAUGUAUGGUGGACUGGACAGUAACAUGCUUCUGCAGUACAUCGCUUGGGUCACCUACCCUGUAGUGCUCAUCACUUUCUCAGCAGGAUUCACACAGAUACUGGCGCCUCAGGCUGUGGGUUCAGGUAUUCCUGAGAUGAAGACGAUACUGAGGGGGGUGGUCCUGAAGGAGUACCUGACCUUUAAGACGUUUGUGGCCAAAGUCAUCGGUCUGACCUGCGCUCUGGGCAGUGGGAUGCCCCUGGGAAAGGAGGGACCCUUUGUUCACGUGGCCAGUCUGUGCGCAGCCCUGCUGAGCAAAUUCAUGGCUCCUCUUUUCGGUGGGAUUUACUCGGUGAGGACAGAAGAGCCCUUUGAGGGAAGCAAGAACGAGCUGAGGAACACAGAGAUGCUGUCGGCUGCCUGUGCUGUGGGCGUGGGCUGCUGCUUCGCUGCCCCUAUUGGAGGUGUGCUGUUCAGCAUUGAGGUCACUUCUACGUUUUUUGCUGUGAGGAACUACUGGAGGGGCUUCUUUGCCGCCACCUUCAGUGCCUUCAUAUUCAGAGUGCUGGCUGUGUGGAACCAGGAGGAAGAGACCAUCACUGCUCUCUUUAAGACACGUUUCCGUCUCGACUUCCCGUUUGACCUUCAGGAGCUGCCGGCGUUCGCCAUCCUCGGGAUUGCCUGUGGUUUUGGUGGCGCUCUGUUUGUCUACCUGAACCGGCUGAUUGUCGAGUGCAUGAGGAAGCAGAAGACUAUUAACAAGUUAUUGCUGAGGAAUCCAUCUCUUCCUGUCAGGCGUCUGGUGUAUCCCGCACUCGUCACCCUGCUGGUCACCACUCUCACGUUCCCACCGGGCUUCGGGCAGUUCAUGGCCGGACAGCUGACGCAGCACGAGUCUCUGGUCGCACUGUUUGACAACCGCACGUGGUGCCGCCAGGGCGUGGCGGAGGAGUUUGACUACAUCAGCCACCACCACGCCUGGAAACACCCACAGGUCAACGUCUUCAUCACACUCAUCCUCUUCAUCGUCAUGAAGUUCUGGAUGUCUGCUGUGGCCACCACCAUGCCGGUUCCUUGCGGGGCCUUCAUGCCAGUGUUUCUUAUUGGCGCAGCAUUUGGCCGACUUGUUGGAGAGGUCAUGGCAACUAUGUUUCCCGAUGGCAUACAUGCUGACGGCAGCGUGUAUCCCAUAGUCCCCGGUGGUUAUGCUGUAGUUGGGGCUGCAGCGUUGUCUGGAGCAGUCACCCACACUGUAUCCACAGCAGUCAUAGUGUUUGAGCUGACUGGUCAGAUCUCCCACAUUCUGCCCGUGAUGAUCGCCGUGAUCCUGGCCAACGCCGUGGCCCAGUCGCUCCAACCAUCACUGUACGACUCCAUCAUCCGCAUCAAGAAACUCCCGUAUCUGCCUGAACUGGGCAUGGGACAUCACGAGAAGUAUAAUAUCCGCGUGGAGGACAUCAUGGUUAGGGAUGUGCGCUACAUCACUCUUACCUCUUGCUAUCGGGACCUGCAGGAGAUGCUGCUGACUGGUCAGCUCAAAACACUGGCCCUGGUUGAGUCCCGGGACUCCAUGAUCCUGCUGGGCUCCAUAGAGCGACUGCAGCUCCAGUCGCUUCUCUCUCUCCAGCUGGGCCGCCUGCGGAGGCUGGAGUACCUCCAGCAGCUGGCCCAGGACAACGGCACCCACGAUCACCUGCCCAGCCUGACCACCGACAGCACGCCCAGCUCCCCCUGCUCCCACAUCAACUCCUCCACCAACACCAACGCUCGGCAAGCGGUCCGCUUCCUGGUGAGCGCCCAACAGAUCUCCACAGAGGAGUCUGCCUCUUUCAGCCCAGUGGUUUCCAAUGUUCAACUUCCUCUGAAAUCUGCCUUGAAAACUGUGUCAGCCAUCAGCGACACAGAGACACCAAAUAGCUCUCAGACUCUGUCCUGUGCUGACCAGGACAAGGAGCAGCUGGAGAGUCCGGCCGGGCCGGCUCCUCCAGAAAAAAGACAACCCAGGCCCAAACGCGUUAGGAUCUCCAUGGCGGACUCCACUGAAGUGGAAGAUGGCAUGACCCCAACAGACGUAGCGGAGUGGGAGGAGCAGCAGCUCGACGAGCCGGUGGAUUUCAAGAACUGCAAGAUUGAUCCCGCUCCCUUCCAGCUGGUGGAACAAACAUCUCUGCAUAAGACCCACACUAUCUUCUCUCUGCUGGGUCUGGAUCACGCCUAUGUAACCAGCAUGGGACGUCUGGUUGGAGUGGUCUCUCUCAAAGAGCUGCGUAAGGCCAUCGAGGGCUCAGUGACGGUGACUGGAGUAAAAGUGCGCCCUCCGUUGGCCAGUUUCCGGGACAGUGGGAACAGCACAAACGUAUCCGAGGUAACAGAACUGCACAAGCUGUGCAUCCGCCACAGGGGGCUCUCGUUGCCACGGGAGCCCAACCCUCCAGACGUGGAGGACCAGCCAGACCUCCCGUACAAGGAGAUCCCCGUCACCUUCUCGGACCAAUCGAGUUUGCAGUUUGAAACCAGCCCCGGGGACAUUUCAAGUCAGUCGUCGGAGUUGGUGCUCCAGGAGAGCCCUUCGUUCACCGAGGACCACUCCGAGUUUACUUUUGACUGCAGCCCCUCCCACACUGAGGAAUCAGAGCUGGCCUGUGACUAUGACCCCCCCACCCACACUGCUGAGCAGGACGACACGGAGCCAGAACAGGGGAGUCCAGCUCUGAACAAGGACCAAUCAGAACCUGAGGGAGAGGGCGUCCCCGCCCACACGGAGGAUCAAUCAAAAUGA